UUUUGAGCGGGUGGAUGAAAAACAAGAGACAGUGAAGCUGAGGAAGACGCGAAGUAGCAUCUAAUGUUUAUAAACAAAAUAGAAGCAAGGAUUGUAACUUUGGAUCAUCAAGUUUUUGUUUUUGCAGCGCGAUCGUGCAUACAGGCUGAAGAGGGGCGCCAACAUGAGUUCCUUGCCGGAGACCACGCGCUCCCUCAUGGAGAUUUUUAAUGGGAAACUGCAGGAUUUUACCAAUGAAAUUGACAAUGUCCACAUGGUGUGGCUGGAGGAGAUCCAGCAGGAAGCUUAUCGCAUGUUUUCCAGUGACUUCAGCACCGAGCCAGAACUCAUGCCAAAGACUCCGUCACAGAAAAAGACAAACCGCAGGAAGCGAGUGUCGAUGGAGCUCAAUGAGUCUCGCAGCAAAAGACGUUUCUCCAAGGGGAAGCGCAGCAACCUGCGUCGUUCCUCGGUCCAGAUGACCCUGAACUCCAUCUCUGAACUCAUUACGCAUGUGUCGACCGACAGCUCCGAGAGCCUGAUGGAGGAACCUUCUCGCCGCACGCGUCGCAACAAAACCACUGCCACGGCUGAAACCGAACCUGUCAAGCGCAGCACCCGUAACAAAGGUGGCGCCAAAGCUAAGGAGGCGGAAGAAGUGGCAGAGAGCAUUCCAGAUGUGAAUGAAGCCAUUGAGGUGCAGGAUUCAGGCUCCAAGCAGAAUCAGAUCCUGGUGUCUGAAGCCAUGGUGAAGAUUCCCUCCUCGGAGCGGCUGAGUGCAGAUUCGCUGCUGAAUGCUGGUGUGUCUCCGGGCCGAUCCGCUAAUAAAAUCCCCAUCGCUGCAUCUGGGUUGCAGACGACACCUCAGGGUUCAUCUCGGACGUCAGCUCGGCGCUCGCUGGUGGUACGCCGUUCUCUGGUGGGCCUCAGACAUAGCAUGACCCAGGAAGCUGUUCGCAGGGCAUCCCGGCGCUCUUUCCUGAAGAAGAAAGCCAAACUGGGAAACUCGACCUGCAGCAGCUCCGUCAGCGAGGACAUCUGUAUGGAUGUUGAAACUGAGGAAAUGGAGAACAAAGAUGAACAGGUUGAUGCACCGCAAAUGGGCACUGAACCAGCUACUGAAUCCAAACCUGAACCAGAAAUGGUUCAAACUGAGGAACCUGAACCUGAGAAGACUGAAGAAAUGGAACCUGAGGUAAAAGACAAACUUCCAGAAGAGAUUGCUGAAUCUCCUAGCACCACUGAGAACUGUCGCUUCACACGAUCCAUGGCCCGUAAUUCAGAAACAGAUGGCAGUGGAGGGUCAAAAUCCAAAGGAGAUGGCCGGCCUACGCGUUCAGGCACGAAGCGUCAUGCGGCUCAGGAAAUAAGCACACCCAAGAAGAAACAGUCUCCUCCAAAGAAGUGCCUCACGAGUAUCGCUCCACACAUGCGCUCGUUCGUGCACACGGUGCAGAAGAACCAGAUGCUGAUGAUGACGCCUGGGUCUCUGGGCCGCAGCACCAUCAUGAAAUCCUUCAUCAAACAAUCUGCCACCAAAACUGACACCAAGUUGGGUUCUGGCUCUGUGGAGCGAGAACGGCAGAAGUGGGACGCCUUGAACAAGAAAAUAGAACAAGAGAAUGAGCGAAAGAAAAAGGUUGAGGAGGAGAGACGAAAGAAACAGGAAGAAAUUAAAAGGAAGCGGGAUGAGCGUUUGAAACGGGUUGUUGAGGCUCGAGUAAAAAGUGAAAAGGAGAAGGAGCAGGAAAAGAAAAAGAAGAUUGAAGAAAAGAUGGCACAGCUGGAGAAGAAAAAUGACAUGCUGCGUGUUGAGCGGUUGGCUGAGGAGAAAGCCAAGAAGAAGGUGGCCAGUAAACGACAGGAAGAGCUGGAGCUCCGCAAGAAACAGGAAGAGGCAGCCAGACAAAAGAAACUUCAGCAAGUUGAGGAAGAGGAGCGGCGACACCAGGAGAUGCUGGCCAAACGCAAGGCUGAAGAGGAACGAGAGAAGGCCCGCAAACUGGCCGAGGCCACACGUGCUCUGGAGCUGAAGAAGGAACAAGAGCGGGAGAAAGAGAAGGAGCGCGAACGAGAGCGGGAAAGAGAACGCGAGCGGGAGCGAGAAAGACAGGCUGCAGCUGAGAAAGAAAGACUAGAGAGAGAGAAGGCUAUCGCUCUUCAGAAGGAACUGGAGAGAGCAGCCAGAGAGAAAGAGAAGAGGGAGAUGGAGGAGAAGAGGAAGAUGGAAGAGCGCCGGAAGGCUGAAGAGGAGAGGGAAGCCCAACAGAAACGUGCUGCAGCUGCAGCCUCUGCCCCGGCGCCCCCUAUAAUUACAGCACAGAACUCUGUUCUAAAUCCUCCAUUUGGGAAAGGAGCUGCUCACAGUAAGACCAUAGAUCACGGACCUGGACUCAACGUGACCGUGGAUAUUGAGAACUCUGUUCUAAAUACUCCAGUUGGGAAAGGAGCUGCUCACAAUAAGACCAUAGAUCACGGACCUGGACUCAACGUGACCGUGGACAUUGAGCAAUCUCCACAGUCAUACCAGAUCACCCCAAAGGGCCAGAAAGCGUCUGUUUUAGCGAAUCCUGAAGAUUAUGGCAUGGACCAGAACAGCGACGACUCAACAGAUGAUGAAUCUGCACCCAGAAAACCCAUCCCAUCCUGGGCUGAGGGUAUGCAGUUGCAGCAAGCUAUUAUGAAGCAAUAUUACAAUCCACUGGAUCUCGAUUCAUAUUUCGGAGAGCCUGAACCACCCAAACUGGAGGAGAUCUUCAGGCGGACCAAACCUCGCUUCUUUAAACGCACUAGCUCUGCCGUCUGGCAUUCUCCACCACGUCUGGGAAAUCUGGGCAAUUAAUUUUUUUUUUUUUUUUCUCCCCUUUUGUUCUGUCGUCUUUUUUCAUGUCUUUUUAUACUUUAAGCUCUUUAAUAAAGCCUUUAAAAAAAUCUAUGUAAGUAGGUUAGACUGGAAAAAAGAGAGCAGAAUGUGUCAUUUAGAUUACACAAAAGAUGAUGGGGUUUGACACCAGUUUCUUGCAGACUGGUAUGGGCUCUGUUUAAUUUACCUGCUUUUUUUUUUAUUAUUAUUAUUAAAUGGGACUACCUUUUUACACAUGUAUUUAAAUAUAGCGUCACAUGUAGUAAUUUUGGAAGUGUACACAGGAGCUGCUACAAAUGGGGUGAUGUAGAAAAUAUGGGGAUGGUGUUUGCCUACAAAAUUCACUGCACAGAGUGUAAGAUUUUCUCUUGACUGUUAAUAAAAGGUAUAAUUUCUA